UAACCCAAGGGAGGUAGAGAGGGAGCCAGGCGCCUGUCCUACAAGCCCAUGAGCGCGUGUGAAGGGUGUUCCGCCCUUGGGAGGAGGAGCCUGGGGUCCUGCGCCGCACUAGCUACCCUCGCUACCCACCAAGCGGCACUGAGUACCCUUCGCCUGCAGAUCUGGGGGGUCGCAGAGCUAGAUCUCAGCCAGCUGCCCUCCCGGGGCGAACUUCCUCUCAAGCUUUCUGCAGCCGAACGGAAGAGGCGGGGACGUCGACCACGCUAAGGAGCCGGCAGUGCAAGUCAGAGGCGCCGCCCAAGAGACCCUGGGCCGGCGCCGGGCGCAGCUGCCUCUCCGCGUUUGCCUGUCCGUCUUUGUGUCUGUCUCUGUGUCUGUCUGGCUGUCUCCGAGCUUGCCUCCACUUUUAGAACUAAGCUUCCCGGACACCGACAUCCCGCGGACUCGCGCCCCUUUCCCAUGGCAGGUUACUUGCCCCCCAAAGGCUACGCCCCUUCUCCCCCACCUCCCUACCCUGUGACCGCUGGGUACCCGGACCCUGCGCAGCAUCCUGGGCCCGGGCAGGCGCCAGUGCCUGCCCACGUGCCUGCCCCUGCGCCCGGCUUCACUCUCUUCCCUUCACCCGGCCCCGCUGCCCCGGGCCCUGCUGCCCCUUUUUUGCCAUUGCCUGGGGUGCCUUCUGGCCUGGAAUUCCUGGUGCAGAUUGAUCAGAUCUUGAUUCACCAGAAGGCUGAGCGAGUGGAAAUGCUCCUAGGCUGGGAGACAAGUAACCGGUAUGAACUGCGCUCUGGGGCUGGACAGCCCUUGGGUCAGGCAGCUGAGGAGAGCAACUGCUGUGCCCGUCUGUGCUGUGGCGCCCGCCGGCCACUGCGUGUCCGCCUGGUGGACCCCGGGGAUCGAGAGGUGCUGCGCCUGCUCCGUCCCCUCCACUGUGGCUGCAGCUGCUGCCCCUGUGGCCUCCAGGAGAUGGAAGUACAAGCUCCACCCGGCACCACCAUUGGCCAUGUGCUACAGACCUGGCAUCCUUUCCUCCCUAAGUUCUCCAUCCAGGACGCUGAUCGCCAUACGGUCCUGCGAGUGGUGGGGCCCUGCUGGACCUGUGGCUGUGGCACAGACACCAACUUCGAGGUGAAGACUCCUGAUGAGUCCCGCAGUGUGGGCCGCAUCAGCAAGCAGUGGGGGGGGCUGCUCCGAGAAGCCCUCACGGAUGCGGACGACUUCGGCUUGCAGUUCCCAGUGGACCUGGACGUGAAGGUGAAGGCUGUACUGCUGGGAGCCACAUUCCUCAUUGACUACAUGUUCUUCGAGAAGCGAGGAGGUGCUGGGCCCUCUGCCAUCACCAGUUAGAGACUGCCUCAGGGUGAGGAGACCAUCACCUCAAACAGAAUUCAAGAUGGUCACCUGCGCUGGCCUGGCCCCUUCUCAGAGGCAGCCCCUUUCCCCCAUGUACACUGCAGGGGACAGACAGGGGUGCCUGAGGCUGGGGGCUAUGGUGCCCCAUCCCCUCCCUACUCCCCUGUCCACCUUCACCUGCGGCCACACAAAAGGGUAUGUAUGAGAGCCCUUCCCCUGCUACCUUGCACCACUGCCUCCAGCAGUCCCUCAGCACACAGGCAUAUUGGCUUUCAAACUUUCCCUACUCACUUCCUCCCACCCUGUUCCAGGGCCUCUACUCUGAAUGAGGCUUUUGGAAUCCAGGGCUCUGGGGUUUUACAAUAGAGCUGGAGUGGGGAAGGGUAAGCAGCACCAAAGAUGGUAGAUAUGGCCACCCUUCCCUGCAUCAGCUUGGCCAAUUAGUUCAACCUCAGACCAUGGCACUCGGAGGGAUCCCCACUUUCCCACCAACAGCUCUAGGGCCUAGACCCCAGUGCCAACUUUCUUUCCCCCUCGGGCCCUGCCCACAGCCGGUGCUUGCUGCAGCUUCCUGUGCCUUACUUAACCACUCCUCCCUUCCCUGUCCCUACAAAGGAGGCUGCAUCUUUGUAUGUUAUAUUCAUAUAAACUUUGUAACUUUUUGGACAUUGGAAGAUGUAUGUAAUGGAAGAGGGUAGAAGAAAGAGUUGGUGUGGGAAGAAACAAAGGGAAAUAUGACAGCUGGGCUGGGUGGGGGCUGGCCUGUGUAAUAAUCCAUACUGCCAGGAUCAAGUGUCCUUGCAUCCCAGAGAGCAACUUUCAUCACCCACGAUGGCCCCGGCCCAAGCCAAGGCAGUUUGGGCCAUGUGCCCCAAGCCAAUUUGGCUGCUUCCAUCAUCCAAGAUGGCUGCUCCCACAAAGCCCAGUGUGGUAGCUGAUGGCAGUUCAGGAUGUCUGUUCCUGUAUGGCCAGUUGAUCGUUUUCUGUAGAAGUAGAAGCUUCCAUUGGGUAUGAAGUAUAGCAACCCU